CACAGCCUACAACUCUUGUACUUUCCUUAUUAUUCAAAUUACUUCUCUAAUAUGCUAUCAUAAUCUCUUGAGGCCUCAUAUUCCCUCUCAAAACUCCAACAUCUCACUUUCCUCAAAAGCUUCAAUAACUGAUCCCCCUAAUUUCCCAAUUGGCCCUUAACUUUUCCAUAGAAGGUUUGCAAAAAGUGAGUUUUCCAGAGGCCCAAGUGGAAGAACAGCUUAAAAACACUCAGGAAAAGUUUGACCCGGAUUCAGACCAGCCGCUGCAGGUCUCCAUCGGAGAUCUGGUAAGGAUUUCCAUUCAGCAAAAGGGGAGUAAAGAACCCAUCCAAUGGAUCGAGUUUGACCAGAAGUAAGCUCUUGCCUCUUAAACACCCUUUUUGUCUCUUUAGUGAAGAACUUCUGACAGAAGAGAGUUCUUGCCCCACUUUGUGCCUGGGCUAGGUUAUACUGAUGAAUUUUUAGGAAAUCAAAAUGGUGCUGUGCUAGAGAAGAUAAAGAGAUAUCUGACUUCAUCAUUAGACCAGUGUUGCACAAAUCUCCAGAAAUAAUCGUUAAGCUCUAUAAAGGUACUAUCAAAGAUGAUAAAAAUAAGAAAUCUAAUAUUUCAGAGCAAUAUGUCUCUAGUGUCAGGAAUGUGCCAAAGAACUUAAAGUAUUUGGAAGAAACGAAGAAGCAUCCCUUACAUUUGACCCAACCUUUCAUGCUCAAAGUUGUGGCCACAAGCUCGCAGAAGGCUAAAUUUGAACUGAACACUAGUAAAAAGUCAAAAAACAAUGAUCCAGAAAAAGGCAACCCAAAGAAAAUUGAAGAUUCAUGGAUAUUGCUAUCAGUGGACCCUAAUGAUAAGGAAGUAUAUGUAAAACCCAUGACUUGUUAUUAUUUGACAAAAAUUGUGAACUCGAAAAUCCGCUAUCUCAAAAGGAAGAGUCCUCACAAAUUAAGUAAGCUUAGACUUGGUAACUUAUAGCUGCGGAUAAGGAAAAAGCAGCAAAGAUUGAGAUUUGUAUCAAAAGAAAGGAUCUUCAUGACACUCCCGAUCUAGCCCAAAGAAGAGUGUUUGAUCUGAGUUUGAAUUCUCUCUUUGACAAUAAAGCAAGAUGACUUAGUGUUAAGCACUAUUACCCACUUACAAAAACAUCUCAGUCUUUAGCAAACGACCCAGUUGUUGCUAUCAAAUAUGACUCUUAUGCUAAAAUCCCUCUUCAAAAUUAUUUCACUGUGAAAUUCUCAAAAUCUUCUGGUAAAAGCUUGAUAAGCUUCGAAACAAAACUCAAGUUUUCUGAAAAAAAGCAAUACUUAGGAUGGACUGAAAACAAAGACAAGCUUGAAAGGAAAGUCAUACUUGUGAACGAAGAGUACCAUUUCGAAUUAAAAGAAGUGGUUAAAGGAGAAGGGGGAGAACAUCUUCUCACAAACCAGCAGUUCUUACUAAAAAUCCCUGACACAAAUUAUUGCCUUAGAAGUGUGAGUAGUUCAUACAAACGUAUGAGCGAUGUCAAAAUAUCUGAGUUUGAUCAGAAAGAUGCAGAAGAGUUCUACUUCCACAUCCAGCGCAUGCAAUGAUGGAAUUUGUCCUUCAGUGAAAUCUCUGAUAUUGAUGAUAAUAUAUGGAAGUCUAGGUCGCGAGACUUUUCUUCUACUAGUCUAGAAGAUGCAUAUCUGAAGAAGAAAGAAUUUCUUCAUAAAGCCUAUAGCAUACUCAGGAGUAAACAGCCCAAUAUUAAGAAAGAUGAAUUACAAGAGACAAUGUGACUCAAUGGCUAUUUCUAUAUUAACCUGAUUAGGUUCUUACACAAAGUCUAUGACUUUAAUGAAGAUCUUAAUCAACUUAAGAGCAUGAGAGAUGAGUUGAGUGAACAAAAAGAGCUGAAGGAGAUCGAUGCAAAAUUCUACUAUUCGCCUCAGAUAGAGUACAACCUUGCGAUAGGAUUGAGUCAAUUACCGGACGAUCCUUGCUCUAUUCUAGCAAGAAUCAAGGAAAUCCCAGUUAAAGAGUGUUAUGAAGACAAAAUCGAUUACAGGAGAAUAAUGAUGCUCCAGAAGAUAUUGGCUCUGUGCCAACAUAUCAAAAGGCCAAAUUCUAGAAGUAGGUUUGCCCAAUAG